CUGGGGCCUCGUAUUUCCAUUGUAUCAAAAUAAUUAGUCUCGUCUUUGUAUGCAGUCUGCCUCGAUUAAUCACGAACCUGACGGUGGAUUCCCAAGACAUUUAACCAACUUAUUUUCCAUCAAGCCGGCUGUUGCUCCGUCCCUUCUUUUUUACGCUCUUCACCCAAACCUCAGAUUUGCCAGAUAGUAUCAUCUUGCCACACACAUGUCUUCACAAGACAGGUCUCGGUACCGCGUUGAGGUGCAACAAAUGAUGUUUGUUUCUGGCGAGACUAACGACCCGCCCGUGGAAACAACCUCGCUCAUUGAAGAUAUCGUCAGGGGCCAAGUUAUUGAGAUUCUUCUACAAGCAACAAAAACGGCGGCUUCACGAGGAACACGGUCCAUUGCUCCUGAAGACGUGAUCUUCCUAAUAAGACAUGACCGUGCCAAAGUGACCCGCUUGAUCACAUAUUUGUCAUGGAAGGACGUGAGAAAAAACACCAAGGACGAAGGCGGUGGCACUGAGUCGUUAAUGGAACAAGAAAGCGGUGCUGCAGCGGCCCCUGCGGGCAAUGACCAGUCGAAAAUGAUCACACGGUACAGAAAACUGAAAAUCAGAUUGCCCUGGGAAGUCCAAUUCAUGUUCAGUGAGCAGCAUUUGGAAACUGCCGAGGAGGCUGAGGAAGUGGACGAUGAGGAAAAAGCCGCCACGUUGGCGUCGGUGAAGCGGUUGAAAAUGGCCGACGAACGUACAAAGUAUAUGACCAAGGAGGAGUAUGUUCAUUGGUCCGAAUGCAGACAAGCGUCGUUCACAUUUCGUAAGGCAAAAAAGUUUCGGGAAUGGGCGCAGAUUACGCAGAUCUGCGAAUCGAGACCCAAUGAUGAUGUCAUUGAUAUCUUGGGGUUUCUUACUUUUGAGAUCGUUUGUUCAUUGACCGAGGAGGCGAUGGCCAUCAAGGUUUCUGAGGAUAAGCUUGUCCAACAGUCGCUCCUGAAAACCGGCACGCUCAACAAGGAAAUCGAUAAGCGAAAAAGAAAAUACUUGUUUGACCGGCCAGACGAGCUGGCGAAGCCGCUACAGCCUUACCAUAUAGAAGAGGCGUGGAGAAGACUCCAAGCGAUAGACUACAAGCACAAGGCAACGCGGUCCUUUGGAGGUGGCAUGCUCAAGUCUAGGACAAAGGUGAUAUAGUGAGGUUUUCAUGUUUCGUAUGU